AUGGCUGACUUGGAUAGCUUGGUCGAAAAGACCGCCUCCUCCUUGGGCAAGGUUAUCAAAAAGCCGCCGCUCACUGACAAGCUGCUUCGCCGCCCGCCCUUUCGCUUUCUCCACGACGUCAUCAUGGAGUCCACCAUGAUUAUGCCUCACUUGCUUGCUGGUGCGCAGGACUCGGGGAACAUCAAGGAUAAGCAACAGAAGAUGGACUUUCUCGACAAGGCCAUCUUUGCCACCGCCUUUACGAUUGGCAAGUCACUCUCAGCCAAAUCGAGCAAGAUUGUAGCUGGCCACGACCCCGAAAAUACAAAUGUCUGGCUGCAGGCCAUGGCUUAUGCCGUGCGUAAGAAACUGGACAGCAGUGCAGCCGUACAGCGUGUGCUGGCCGGCGAGAAACCGGCCAGCAAAUCAUCAAAAUCAAAAUCUAGUGCCAAGGACGAGGAGGGCAAGAGCGCCCGGAAGAGCAAGGGCGAUGCCUCCCAGAGUAGCGCUGAGGCCGAGGCCAAAAAGGCGGAAGCCAAGGCCAAAGCUAAAGCCAAGGCCAAAGCUGAGGCUCAAGCUGCCGAAGCUGCCGCCGCUGAAGCCCAGUCCACGGAUGAGGAGAACAUGGAUGAAGACGGUGAAGGCCGGGAACAAGGCGCGCUCAUGCGCAAGAUUAUGGAAAAAAAGGCGCAACAGAAUGAAGAUGUGACCACUGCCGGGCCAACCACACAAGGCUCAACAAAUCAGGACGAUGCUCAGUUGCAGCUGGAACGUCAGCAAGCUGAGAAGGAGGUCCUCUCCUUGCAAAUGUCCGUGCAAACGCUCUGCCGAUGUGCCAACCCCCUCGGCCGUAUCAUCGACUACAUCCAGGAAGACGUUGAUAGCAUGCGCAAGGAACUCUUGCAAUGGCGUGAGGAGUACCAGGACCAUGCGGCGGCACUCAAUGAACAAGAAAGAGAAACCGAGGGGGCAAUCGAGCCGCUCAAGGCCGAGCUGGCUGAUUACGAGCAGCGCGUCCGAGACAAGCGUGAUGCCAUUGCAAAUCUCAAAGUGCAGCUCCUAGACAAUGAGCAAAAGCUACAGCGCCUUAUGAUGGGUGUAGCCGCUUCCAACUGA